AUGCCAGGAGACAAGAAGAAGAAGAAGGCGUCCGAGAAAAAUAAAUCAAGAUCCGUUCGGGCCGAAUUGAACUUUCCCAUUGGCCGUAUUCAUCGUUUGCUUCGUAAGGGUAACUAUGCUGAUCGAAUUGGUGCCAGUGCUCCAGUCUAUCUUGCAGCAGUGCUUGAAUACCUUUCUGCCGAAAUUUUGCAAAUGGCUGGAGAAGCGGCACGUGUUAACAAGAAAAACCGGAUCACUCCUCGACACUUGCAGUUGGCCAUACGGAACGACGAUGAACUGAAUGUGCUUCUCUCCGAUGUAACGAUCUCUCAAGGUGGUGUGCUACCUAAUAUCAAUUCUGCACUCCUUCCUAAGCAAUCAGCUGACAUGCCAUCAACUUCGGAGGAAAUUAAGAUUGAUGUGACCUGA